GUGGUGGUAGGUGGUAGCGAUGACACGGAGGGAAAGAAGAGGAAGGAUCGACUUUUGGCUUCGAGAGUACGACACGAACCUGGCACGCGAUUGGCUGUCAGUUCAAAAUGUUGGUUAUUGCAGGCGAUGCCGUGCUGAUGUUGUGACGUUAAGCGUUUUCCUACGCCGUGCGCCGGGAAGCUGGAAAAAUCGCGUAGCUGCGCCGCGAGGCCUGGCCUGGAGAUCGCGCCUCGAGUUUUCGGCGAAUUAUGGCUGCUGCCGCCGUGAGCUCGAAUGUGGAAAAUCUGUCGCCGCAGAUCAUCCGCCGGGUGGCCAAAGAGAUGGCAGAGCUGAUCGCACAAACACCCGAGGGUAUUCGUGUCAUUUUGAACGAGGCCGACGUCACCGAUAUACAGGCCGUUAUCGAGGGCCCAGCGGGGACUCCAUAUGCCGGUGGUUACUUUAGAGUGAAAUUAGUUCUUGGAAAAGACUUUCCACAAGGACCACCAAAAGCUUACUUCCUCACAAAGAUUUUUCACCCUAAUGUAGCGAAAAAUGGCGAAAUAUGUGUUAAUACUUUAAAGAAAGAUUGGAAACCGGAUCUUGGAAUACAACAUAUCUUAUUGACUGUAAAAUGUCUGCUGAUAGUGCCAAAUCCGGAAUCCGCUUUAAACGAGGAAGCUGGCAAAUUGCUUUUAGAAAGUCACGACGAGUAUGCGGAGCGAGCGAAAAUGAUCACAGAGAUACACGCACAGGGAGGUGGGAAAGGUAGCAAAGCUGGUCUGGAGAGUUGCGCUUCUUCGGAAACUGGAGGACCUCUUCCAAAGAAGCAUGCAAGUGACAAGAAGCUAACAGCAGAAAAGAAAAAAAUGUUAAAAGAUAAGAAGAGAACGCUGAAGAGAUUAUAAGGAAAAUUAAUAUUAUUUAUCUGUCUUUUGUAAUUUAAAAUACUGGUAUGAUAAUGUUGCCUCGUAUUGUAUACAAUUAUUAUUGCAUAGUAAAAUUUUAUUAUCUAAACUUGACUGAUCUUAUUAUUAAGUAUGUAGAGAAUUUAAUAUGUCUAGUUACGCAAAAAUAAGAAAAAAAAAAUAAAGAUGGAAAAUUGGAUCUAUCUUGCGUGGAAGAUUAGUACAAUUCUGUAGUGAUCUGUACAAUCAUAGGCUGAAUUCUAGAAAUCUUAAUCUCUAUACUGUCUAUUAGCAAAUAUUUUUACAUAUGUACAGAAUGAUACGAUGUGAUUACUUAAGUAAAAUAAAGAAAAUGUCUUCUAUGUGCAAA